AAGCAAGAAGAAGAAGAAGAAGAAGAAGCAGAAGAAGCAGAAGAAGAAGAAGAAGAAGUGUAGUUAUAUCCGGAAAGAAAUGGCGUCUUUGGAUAGGGUGAAAGUGUUGGUUUUGGGAGAUUCUGGAGUAGGGAAGUCCUCUGUUGUACAUUUGCUCUGCCAGAAUCAAGUUUUGGGGAAUCCGUCAUGGACUGUGGGCUGCUCAGUAGACGUCAGGGUUCAUGACUACAGAGAAGGCACUCCAGAAGAGAAGACAUACUACAUUGAACUCUGGGACGUUGGGGGAUCUGUUGGCAGUGCCAGCAGUGUUAAAAGCACCAGAGCGGUGUUUUACAAUUUUGUAAAUGGCAUUAUUUUAGUUCAUGAUUUGACCAAUAAGAAAUCCUCUCAGAAUCUGUACCCCUGGUCACUAGAGGCACUGAGCAAAGACUCAUCUCCAACUGGCAUCAUUGUAUCAAAUGGAGAUUAUGACAGAGAACAGUUUGCAGAGAACUCAGUUCCACUCCUGCUAAUUGGCACCAAAUUUGAUCAGAUCCCAGAAAACAAGCGGAAUGAUGUCCUGACCCGCACUGCCUUUCUAUCUGAAGACUUUAAUGCAGAAGAGAUCAAUUUGGAUUGUACAAAUCCACGGUAUCUUGCUGCUGGAUCUUCAAAUGCUGUUAAAUUGAGCCGAUUCUUUGACAAGGUAAUAGAGAAGAGAUACUUCACAAGAGACCCUAGCCAGAUGCAGAGUUUCACCGACAGGAGGCGCUUUAAUUUCAAAAGUCUGCAUAACGAUUGAGUGUACACAUACUUUGGGUUGGUGGGUUUAGAACAAGCAUAUGAAUAAUCUUGUCAUCAUGUUCCUUUGCAGAGAGCAAACAGUUGGAGGGUUGUUUUUGAAUGUUUUUUUUAACAUUAACAUCCAGCUUACCAAGACAGAAGGAUUUAUGUGAAUUGAUCAUCACCUGCAUUGAGAUAUUUGUAUUUUCAUAUUUAAUGGUAAAAAAAUAUGGACCCAAGGAAAUACCCCUUCUCUUCCCUUGUCAUGUUUGUUUACUGUUUGUAAAGAUGAUUUUCAUGAGGUGAAAUUUUUUUUUUUUUUUUUU